UAUGCCUCAUAUCCUGCUGUGAAACUGAAGUGAAAGUCUUUCGGGGACUUGUCUGAGUUUUGGUCGAUAAAAGUUGUCGUUGAUGAUCAUCACGUUAAAUCUGAACAAACAUGGAGAAAGACAUGUGUUCAAGUAAACACCGCAACAACAGCGACCAGAUGAAGGACCUUUUAAUGUUUGACAAGAAGGAGAAGGAACACGAGUGGGGAAAAGAGCACAAAGAAGCCUCAGAUAAAGAAGAAGCCAACAGCUACAUCACCUCCUUCUCCUCCUCCUCCCCCCCCCCCUCCUCCUUCUCCCCCCCCUCCUCCCCCCCCUCCUCCUUCUCCUUCUCCCCCCCCUCCUCCUCUGGACCGUCUGGUACCUGGGACUCGGAGAGAGAGAAAUGUGCAGCUGCAGAGGGACGAGAGCCGUUGAAGAGUGAGAGGGAGGAAUGUUGUUCUCUGGGGGACAUGAAGACCCUCCCUAAGUGUCAGAACAAGCUGGGGCACCUGAGCUUCAGCAGGACGCACACCGUCCUCGUCGAUACGGACUCCUUCAACAGAGGAGGAGAAUUGAGAGCGCAGCACGGCAAAGACACGUGGUUCAGUAACUUUGUGAAAAUGCCGUCUUCACCUUCGAGUGUCAUGAUGACCAGAUGGUCUCAAACGGUGAACAGGUGGCAUGAGAUCUCCAAGCACCUGAAGUCCAUAAAGACGACAGCGAGUGUUCAGGACGUUGAGGACGCCAUCAUCAAAUACAACCCGAAGUACAAAGGUCAGUGGUCGUUUGACGCCCUCGCCACCUUUGUGAAGCGUGUCCCAGAUACUGAAAACUACUUCAGCACCCUGUUUCCAAAGAUCGCUGCGUUGGCCCUGAAGCUGCCGCAGUAUGUGAAGAAGGCCAUCCCGCUGCUGCAGGCGGGACAUCCUGCGUCCAUCACUCUGUCGCAGGUUCAGAUAUCCUGCCUGCUCGCCAACGCCUUUUUCUGCACGUUCCCUCAUCGCAACACGAUCGAUCCAAACGCAGAGUACCACAACUACCCCACCAUUAACUUCAACAGUCUGUUCGGAGGCUGGUCCGAACGCAAGAAGGAAAAGCUGAGAGCCAUCAUGCAUUACUUCAACGUGAUGACGGAUGAGAAGAUCAAACCAAGAGGGCUGGUGACGUUUGAGCGCCAUGUCCUCAGACACUCAGAGAUACCCAACUGGUCAAGCUGUAAGGAGACGAUGCCCAAACUCCACGUCACGUCAGAAGGCAGCAUCGAGACUGAAGGGACAGGUAUGCUUCAGGUGGAUUUCGCCUCAAGCUGGAUCGGUGGAGGCGUCCUGGGAUCCGGUUUGGUUCAGGAGGAGAUUUUGUUCCUGAUGAAUCCGGAGCUGAUCGUGUCCCGACUCUUCACGGAGAAACUCGCAGACAACGAGUGUCUCAUCGUUACAGGCUCUCAGCAGUUCAGCCGUUCCUCUGGUUUUAGUGACACGUUUGAGUGGGCGGGGCCUCACGAAGACAACCUCAAAAGAGACGAGUGGCAGCGUCUGCAGAGACAGAUUUUAGCCAUCGACGCGCUUCACUUCAGACAAGGACGUGAUCAGUACACCAUGGGUAAAGUCACACGAGAACUCAACAAGGCAUACUGCGGAUUUAGAGGCGACGGACCGAACGAGCCGGACAUCGCCACGGGCAAGUGGGGCUGUGGAGCUUUCAAUGGAGACCCCCAACUCAAAGCUGUGAUCCAGCUGAUGGCGGCGGCGAGGGCGAGGAGGGGGCUGGCCUUCUUCACCUUUCAUGACAACAAACUGAAGCGAGACCUGACUCAGAUUCACAACCUGCUGGUCAAAGAGGAAACCACAGUCGGGAUGCUGUACGGCGUUCUGGCGGAUUUCUGUGAGGCUCUUCAGGCGUCCGGCAGAGCUCAACUGGAUCUCUUUGCCUUCAUCAGAAACAUCCUGAAACCAUCCCGGAGCCAGCUGUGAGGACGCCAUCACGUCAAAUCUAACAGAAAUGUUCUAAACAAAAAUCAAGAAUUUAAUUUCGAAGUGUUUUAUAAAUGUUGUCCUUUUUAAUUUUUUUCUUUUUUAUCUUUAUUUCAUGUUCGACUUAAAUAAAUCCCAGGACCUGGAAACACAAAAACCAAGAACUAAGACCUGGUUGUAAAGGUGGAAGAAUAACCUUUUGUUGUUGUUGUUGUUAAUGAUUUAGAGCAUUCCCUGCUUUUUUAAUACACUAACGAAUUAUCAGACUACCUUUGCAAAUGAAACGAGACGAUGCAGAUGAUUAAACACAAACUGUUAAAGCACCAUCGUCUUUAUUUUCAUCAAACAAACAUUCAACAAUUUAAGAAAAUAAAUACAUCCUUCAGAUCUCA